AUGACAUUGGCCCAUUGUCGUAUUCAACGCUUCAACAAUCAGUCAUGUGAAGUUGAUAAUGCAAAGUUUCGAAAACAACAAAGUCGAUUGUCUCUUUUCAUGAAAGGAGAAGCCAAACUUAAAUGUUAUAACUACGUGUGUGGAUCGUUGAUUUGGCUAAACCCCACCAUGGGAUCUGUAUCAGAGUUUUGUAAUCAUGAUGAAUUAAUGCUUUUAGUGUAG